AUGGCUCAACAAGGAUACUCUACUCAGGCUCCUAAGCCCCCACAUUUCAUCACCACCGCUGACUACACUGCCGAGCAGUUGCUUGAUCUCGUGCAUCGCGCCAUUCAAUUCAAGGUGGAGUCGAAGUACAAUCACCCACAACCUCGCACCGAACGCCCAUUGAGUGGCAAGACGCUUGCUCUCAUGUUCUCCAAGCGCUCAACGCGUACUCGUGUUGCUACAGAAACUGCCACCGCCUAUCUCGGUGGUCACGCCAUGUUCCUGGGUUCGCAAGAUAUUCAAUUGGGUGUGAACGAGUCAUUGUUGGAUACCUCGCGUGUUGUCAGCUCCAUGGUUGAUGGUAUCAUGGCUCGUGUCAAGGGUCAUGAUGAAAUUGAGACUCUUGCUCGUGAAUCUCGUGUACCCGUUAUCAACGCCUUGUCAGACAAGUAUCAUCCGACUCAAAUCUUGGCUGAUUUGAUGACUAUCCACGAACACUAUCAUCAUCGCAAGAACAAUGUCACCGAUCGCUACACUGCACAUACUCAACACCCUCGUGAAACUCUUUCCGGUUUGAAGGCUGCUUGGGUGGGUGAUGCAAACAACAUCCUUCAAGAAAUCCUCGUCGCUUUCCCCAAGGUCGGUAUCAGCGUUGCUGCUGCUUGCCCACCAAGCUAUAAGUGUGAUGAGGACGUCAUUGAGAUUGCCAAGGCCGAUGCUGCAAAGACGGGUGCUUCCGUAUCAUUCACUACCAACCCCAGCGAAGCCCUUAAGGAUGCUGAUAUCAUCAUUACUGAUACUUGGAUCAGUAUGGGUCAAGAAGAAGAAAAGGCUAAGCGUCUCCAAGAAUUUGCUGGUUACCAAGUGACUAUGGAUAUGGUCAAGAAGGGUGGUGCUAAGCCUGACUGGGUUUUCAUGCAUUGCUUGCCCCGUAAGCCUGAGGAGGUCGAUGAUGAGGUCUUUUACUCUGAUCGAUCGCUUGUUUUCUCCGAAGCAGAGAAUCGCAAAUGGACCAUUCUUUCUGUUAUCGAUGCUUUGAUGGUUCGAGGAGGUAUCUAG